CUCUCCAUUCCCUUAGCUACACUCCUCUCCCAAUUUCAACCAUGAAACAACCCUACACAUCGCCGCGGUCGGAGAACCACUCCGGCACCGCCUCAAGCGAAGGCUCGUCCGGUUCCAGCAGCGGCGACCGAGGUUACGCGCUGCUUGUGGCGGAGAAUGCAAUCGUCGUGUUCGGAAGGCGCGGCUGCUGCAUGUACUACGUCAUGCAGCGGCUGCUCUUAUCCCUCGGCGUCAACCCCACCAUUUACGACGUCGAUGAGGAGGACGAGGCCGCUGUCACCGACCAGCUUUCCCGGAUUCUCAGCAGCACUGGAGAUUCCGCCACGCAGGUGCCGCCGUUCCCGGCGGUUUUCAUCGGCGGCAAGCUUUUUGGUGACUUGGACAAGGUUUUGGAAGCUCAUAUCUCUGGCGAUCUUGUGCCACUGCUUAAAAAAGCGGGUGCCCUCUGGCUUUGACCUACAGUCUCACGCUAUGUCUUCAUUUUUGCCUUUAAUUUUUUAAAGGUUCCUUUGAUUUGUUAAAUAACAGUCUUUGUAUAUCACUGUAUCAACUCAACUUAUACUCUUAGAUCUUUUGAUUUCCAGUAAAAUAAUUUUCCAUUUGUAUAAUAUAAAGAUGGUUAUUAGACCUAACUAGGAGUAAAAUUACUUCUAAAUGUAAUAAUAAAACUGUAAUAAUUUUAGGGCA